AAAUUCUUUCGCGCAUGAUGCAGACAAAUGACAACCGGAAGUAAUGACGCAUGCUAGUAUGUUAAUUUAAUUUUAUGUGCAUCAUUCGAUUAUUUCGAUGUUGUUGUUUGUAUACGCUGUUGAAUAUUUCGUAUCGAAGAAACUAUCGAUCUCCAUGACAAAAUAUUAGAAUUUAAUAGUCCAUAAUGGAGGAAGAAACCUGGGAUGACGAAGUAGAUCCGAGAAUUAAGGUAAAAGUUAUUUUUACACAAAGUAUAUGAAACAUGAAACUACUCAAAUGACGUUUCAGAUGCCAUGAUGUUAUAAAUAUUAUAUAAAAGGUAUUAACACGAAGAGAUCACGUUUCAACUAUGUAAUAAUAUUUCAGGGUGAACUGGAGAGGCUUAAUAACGCAUCACAUCAAAUCAAUCUCCUUGAAAAAGACCAUGAAGUGAGGAUAUAAAAAUACAAUAUUAUUUUGAUUAUAAAAUUGAUCCAGAUUGUAUCAAGUUGAAGUAGAUCUGUAGAUAUACAUACAGUGAAUCGUAUCAUCACACACAUGGACUUUGUUCUAUGUACUCAGUGGACUGUAGGCCUGAAACAUACCAUAUAUGUGACCAUAUAUGAUAUUUGACAAAUAGGUUUCGUCCUGCUUCUGACUGCUUUGCAGACUUGUCCUGUGAUUACUUUAACCCCCUUCUCCCCUACUGAGAACCAUUUAAUGUCUAAUUUGCCUAGAAAGUCUGUUAUCAACCCAAUUAUUUAGCAGUCACAAUUUCCGAGCUGACGUCCUCCCCUGCGAGAUGGGACAAAAUAUAUUUGUCAAUGGUCCCUUGGUAUAUUUUAGUUAAUUUUUAACUUCCUCCUUUAACACCGUAACCAGGGCUCGAAUUUUAUCGCGGCAAUUGCCGUAAUUUUAUAAUCAAUAAAAAAAAGAAAAGAAAAGAGGGAGAGCAAAAUGCUGUGGAUCAUUGCGGCAACAACGGCAAUUUUGUGCCGCAUAGUGCAAUUUUUAUACUAUUCACUAUGCAUUACAGCCAUUACUACUUUGGUACUUGAAUUCAGAUGUUGAUCAAACCAUGUGUAAAUCACUAUUUCAGUCUCAGUUUUCUUUGAAAAUAAACCACUAAAGAAAUACAUAGACAUGUUUCUAGCUUGUCAAAAAUCCAAAGUAACAAUAAAAUUAAAGUUUUAUUACAGUAAUUUGAAAAAUGCUGUGGAAACUGCCAAAAAUGCCGUAGACAGCUGUUACGUUCUACGGCAAUUUUGGCCAUUGCCGUCGAUUGAUUUCAGGGAAAUUUGAGGCCGGACCGUAACCUAUAGGUAUGAAAAUCUCAGCUCACUAUAUUUGUUGGCCUAAAGCCUUGCUGCAAUGUAAACAAUGUAAACCUAAUGCAAGUUCCUAAACAGCCUCCGUAAACAGCCUCCGUAAACAGCCUCCUAAUCUAUUAAAUCAUAUGAAAACAUUGCUUUGUCCAAUUCUGAUUAGUGACUGGAUCGCACAUGAAAGCACACCCUAGGGAGACAAGGCAGUCCUUGCAAAGCUUUCCCCUUGAUGAGUAAAAUUGUCUGGCAUCAGACAGAUUAACACAAUAACAUAAGGCACAUUUGGGUGGGUUGCAGCUCAAUGGGUUAAUGAGACACAUUGGCAUGCUCUUUGGUUAACCCAUUAAUUAGGCGGAAUAAGCACACAUUUUAGACUCUCCCCUUGAUGAGUAAAAUCAUCUGCUGUUAGAUAAAGUAAAAUAUAUUAUUCAGGGGUAAAUUGCAAAUUUACAAGAAACAAUAAGAUAUACUAUAUGUUUCUGACUCACAACUCUAGUUUAAGUAAAUUGAUGCAAAUUCACACAGGUCAUAUUUGUGAGUUUAUGGUGAAAUUUCUGGUCAUAUAUUCAUUCAAUUACAUGCACUUGGAUAAAAAUCUUGUACAGCUAAUUGUAUCAUGUAGAUGGACCUUUAGCCAUAAGAUUAGGAAGCAAUCACAAAUGUAUUAGUUAUAAAAUCACUAUGAUACAUAGAAAUACCAUAUAGUCAAGUGAAAACCAUGGUGCCCAUCAUAAGUAUUUGUUUUUUGUUUAAUAUUUGACAAGCAUGUUUACCAAUCAUAUGAAAAGCUGUUUAUUGACUAUAUCCACUCAAGGACUCCCUUUUAUGUCGUCAUUGAAUAAAAUUGUCUGUCUGCCAUUAGACAUUCGCGCAAGUGUUUUCAUACAUUAUUUCGAGUGUUUGGUGAGAAUAUGUUGCAUUGACCCAUAAUCCAUGCCCUUAUGAAAAAUCCCUAUAUAUGAAUCAGAAUUUCCUAUAGGAAUCCUAUUUUUGUGAUCUUUUCAGUCGAAAUAAAGGACAUUAGAAGAAGAAUUAAAAAUGUUCUAUUAGAAAAGGUGCAGGUCUUAGCUCGGAUUUUAGAUCUUGGGUGUGUUUCGAAAUGACCAGGGUGUGCACAUGUCAAUUACCUUAAAUAGCCAAAUUCACGGUUCUAGUUAUGCUCGUCAACAACAGACAAUGCAUGUGGUUGUUCUAUGCUUUGCAACCAAAUUCAAGGCGAGCAUACGCUCAUAUUGCGCACUGGCAUUAAAAUAUUAAGUUAUUUCAGCAACUCUUGGGCACAGAAUCUUGGGGGUGUAUUUAAAACCAUUUUAACACCAUAAGGUUCCCAUUACCCAUCAAAACAUUAAAACACCACGGAUCAGUUUUGCCAGUUUCAACAACUACAGUAAAUUUUACAAACUUUCUUAUGACGUAAAUAGGAAGAAAUUCUGUCUGUUGUAAGCAGUAACACCAUAUUUUUAAUUAUGAACAUACACGGCCUUUAUAUAAAUAAUGAAGCCGCGUUUAUUUUAUCUAGCCGUGUUUUUCCAUUUUUGGUUGCGAUAACAUAGCCAACACAGACCUCUAGCUAAGACCCUGAAAAGGUGUCCCUCAGCGUCUGUUUAUACAGGACCAGAUAACACUUUUAUUGUAACAUGCAUAUAAUUGUAGGAUGCUCAAGAAAUGUUUCGUCUCACUUUGGCCGAGUCAGCAUCUCAUCUCAAGUCAUUGUAUGAUAAACUUGGAAAGAAAGUGGACCAAGCCAGACCCUAUUAUGAGACAUUGAAUCAAACAGAACAUGUAAGACUCGUUUAUUUGAAAAAACUAAAAAUCUAAAUAGAGAGAGUAUCAUGACAAAGUUGACCAAAUUAGUUCAAAAAGAAAAUUCAGUGAAUCACUGUGGACACUGUCAAUGACGGCAGUUUUUUAGGGAAUUGGUAUUAUUAAUAAUCUCUAUUCUGUAUAAGUAUUAAUGAUUUUUAUUUUUGCUUUGUGUAGAUGUUUUGUAGUUUAUGUGUAAUUGUAGUAUUAGUAUUGAAAUCUCUAUUAAUGCAGAAGAAAUGCAGAAAAGUAAAUUUCUGCCAAAACCUGUCACCCACAAUACGUAUGUGACACUAUUACAUGAAAAAUGCAACUCUACGCCUGGAGAGUAUAUUUCAUUACAUUUUCCUCUAUUUUCCUCUGGGCCUGGAGAGUAUCUUUCAUUACAUUUAUAGUACCAUAACUCGUUUAUAGUACCAUACUAGACCUAAUGGUGCCAAUAUAGUUUAAGGUAUAUACUGUAAGUAACAUUUGUAAACACAUUUCCCCCAAAUCAAUGACUUGUCUCUGGUGAGUACCUAAAUGAUUGAAAGUAUUACUAAUUUUUGCUAUGAUUAUCAUCACCAUUAAAAUACCCAAUUUAAUUGAUUUCUUAUAGGAAUUACGCUACCUAUUUACCUUUUUGUCCAAUAUACUGUCAGAUGCACAGUAAAUAGAAUUUUUUUUCUUAAUCGUAGGUGCACAAUGAAAGUGAACAAGCUGCAGCUCGAUAUGAAAGAGCAUGUGAUAAUUAUAAUGCAGCUAAAGAUAUGGUUAAGAAGGCAGAGGAAAAAUUAAAGCAAGAUGAAAGAUUUUUGGAUUCUGCAUGUCAAGAGAUGUUAAAUCACGCUACUAUUAAGGUAAUGGACGAGCAAUACUAUGAAGCUAGUGCAGUGCUAGCUACCAUAUUAGCUUUUGAAAAAGUGCACUUGUUGAAGAAAAAAUUGGCACUACUAAUUUUGUUCGUCUGUAUAGAUCAACAAACAAAAUUUGAGAACUUGCAUGCGGUUAGUCAGUGAUCUAUUGUUGUAAUAGCUAAUACAAGUAAUAGUAACUACUGUGGCGGUCAGGAAACCAAAAAGUUGUCAUCGAAAAUUUGUUGUACGUAGAAAACUUGCCAUAUGAAAACUUGUCAUAGAAAACGUGCUCGUUUGUAACCGGCUUUAGGAGUGCCAGACAAUGCCAGACCGUUACUUAAAUACCGUGAUGUGUAAAACGAGGGACACCAUUAAUGAAUUUAAAUCAAGUGCACCUUCGGAAAAACAUUUAGAAAAAAACAAAAUACAGAAUAAAAAUUAAAAUACUCUUCAAAUGCUUGAUAAAAAAAACCCACAGAAACUAAGAAUUGCAGAUAAAUAGAAAAUCACCGGAAAUUCAAAAAGACCAACACAAUUAACAAAAACAGAAAAUCACUAAAAGUAAAAAAUAAAUUAAAAGUCAUCUAUUGAAUACGGUGUCUCAUUUCCAGGAUCUCAUCAGUUUUGAUAUCUUGCAUCUUUACAAAAUUGGCUUACAGGGGCUAGCUUCCGCCUUUCUCAUCCAGCCUUAUAGGCAAUUUUUGCCGCAGCUUGCAACGCAAGGUGGGACACCGAGCGUUGUUAUGCCACAUUUUUUAUUCAAGAGACAACAAAGACAUGAAGAUUAGACAAUGAAAAAUGUUACACUGGAAAAUUUUUUGAAAAUCCAUAUAAUGGAAAUUGUAUGGACCUUUAUUGGAAAUAGAAUGGAUUUUUGAUUAUCCAUAAUAAUUGUAUAUUUCCAUACUAUAUGGAUAUAGUAUCGAAAUAGUAUGGAUAUACUUCGGCUUUAGUGGUGCAAUUGCAAAUCUCAUAGUAUGGAUUUCACAUUUUUUCCCCAGUGUUAGUGACUUGAAACAGAGGCAUAUAACCUCUUGUCGUAUUUCUGUGAGAAUAUUUCUACAGUACAUAUGUUAUAAUGUCACUCGUUGUGUUGCAAGUCGCCACAAACACGAGGCAAGGUCUUUCAUUACAAUUUAUUUCAUUGCAGGUUAUGGAUGCAAAUCAAGAAAAAAAUGCGGCUGAAAGAAUACAUCUUGAGGUUUCUCAGGCUUUCAACGAGAUGCAAGAGAAGAAAACUCGUCUUCAAAAAUCAUUGAAGUCAGUUAUACAUAAGACAAGGUAUAAUUACAUUUACACCCAACAUUAAAAUUUUACAUCAGUUAUAUAUAUGCAAAAUAAUUUUCUUUUAUAUUGUAGUAAUUGUACAUUCGGUACUGCAUGCCAAGGGGUAAGCAUAUCCAUAAUAAUCAGGGUUCGAAUUAACAGAUAGCGAAUCGCGAUUCGCUAUCUGUUUUUGGGAUUUCGCUACUCAUUUUGCUAUACAGUAAUAUAAAAAAAAUCACUAUUCAACCUGAGAAGAUUUCGCAUGUGAAAAAGUGAAACGGAUAACAUUGGAAACGUUUGUUUUCAAACAAUUCUUUGUGUAUUUUGGGGUGAAACAUUCUCUCAUUUGCGCUGAUAUUUCUGAAUAGACAAUAGAAUUCUGUUUCGUUUCCUAAUGGCCUCAAGCUGUGUUUUGAUCUAAUGUUUUAAUAUGAUAGGCUGACAGUAUAAAAAUGUGUCAAAAUCCACUUAGGAAAGGUCAAAAUGUCAUGUUACUUGUUCACGCAACUACAAUCAGAUUUGAAUUUUCACAAUCACUUGGGUUUAAAACUCAAAUCAAACUGUUUAAUAACUUUCUAGUUUAAUUCAUUAUGUGUAGUAUAUGCGAUGUACGAUGUUUUGAGCUUUGCCAUAUUUACUUUAUGUACAGUAUUUUGUUUGUACUUUACAUGUAAUUUGCUCUAACUUUGAUUCCGGCUCUAGGUAGGUCUUUACCCUCAAAAUUUCGUCUAAAAUGAUCAUGUUUUGUGAUUGGCGUUCAGAAACAAAUCAGAAACAAAAAGGAUCAUUGUUUGUGACUUGUUCUUUCGAAAGACGAUUUCUAUAGUUUUAUUCAUUGUUAUAAUCAACCAACCACGAGCCUGGAUAGUAUAGUAUAGGUAGAUGAUGAGUCAUUGAUGACCCAAUUUUGAUCAAGGCAAGAAGAACGAAACCAUUACCAUAGCUGGAAAGCGCAUCUUAGGAUGAGUAAAAUUGCAAAGUUUGGUCGCAAAUUGUUGUAAAAUGAGGAAAAGACAGCCCUAUGAAGUUUGCAAAUUAUGUAUAUAUUUGCAUUACGCGCGGGAAAAAUAACCAUUUUUCAGCCGAAAGUGGUUAUUUUUACCGCGCACAAUACAGAUAUAUACAAAAUUUGCGAACUUCAUAGGGCUAUAUUUUCUUCAUUUUACAACAUUUAGCAACCAAUCUUUGCAGUUUUAUUCAUUCUAAGAUGCUCUUUCUAGCUGUGGUGUUGGAUUUCGUUCUUCUUGCCUUGAUCAAAAUUUAGUAUAUAGCUGGAAUCACCCAUUAAACUAGUCUUUUAGAUAUUGCGCGAAUUUUUACGGGUGAUAAUUGGAAAUUGGAAUUAUUUAAUUUUACAUCUUCGUCUUCUCACUUUCUGUGUCGUUAAUCUUACAAGUUACAACUACCAAAAAAUAAAGACAGCUUAAUCUUUCUUAUUAUAACAGCCUUUCUGGUUGAAGAUCGAAUGCUUAUUUUAAUAAUCCUUAUUCCUUUUCACAGUGAUCGCAUAGUAGAAAUAGUCGCUAUUCACUUUUUAUCGCAUGAGUCAAUGGGUAGAAAUUCGCUAUUCACUUUUAAAUAUUUAAUUCGAACCCUGAUCCAUAUACACUUCAUAUCAUUUGUUUUUUUACAGGUCGUAUUUUGAAUUGAAAGAGAGGUAUAACAAAAUGCUCGAGGCAAGUAUAUAUACUGUUCUGCUAAGUAUUUUCGUUUAUAUAGUGGCCUUCGGCAUA